AUGUCGAUGCUAUGGCAUUACUGUGCCGCUUACAGCAUAAAACAACGAUCUACCAUUCGAUACAACGGAAUAUUCAGAUACUGGGGUGAAGGAGAAUCAUUAGAGAUGUCCGACGCCGAGUUGCCCGAUAUCGACCUGACCAAGAAAAAGAAGAAGAAGAAGACUGCGGCUCCUCUUGAUGUCGAAGAUACCACGGAUCAGCGAAAGAUCUUGGAUGAUGCAGCCAACGAAGACCUUUUCGGUGGCGAGGAUGGAUCGAACGUCGAUGUCACCAAGUUCGACGAGACGUUGAAAAAGAAGAAGAAGAGCAAGAAGGUUACUCUUGACCUCGGAGAAGGAGAAGAAGAUCUCGUUGGAGAUCUUGACGAGCUCAGUCUCGACAAGAAGAAGAAGAAAAAGAACAAAGCUGCCUUGGACAUUGGAGCUUCUCUUUCAGCUGAUGGACUUGAAAAGACCGCCGAGCCUGGUCAGAAAUCGGAGCGGCCAUGGCUCGACCGAGACAUGGGCCGAGACGGCUUCCUUUACGAAGAGCUCUUGGACCGCGUUUACGCUAUCAUCAACAAGAACAAUCCCUCCUCUGGAGAGAGCUCUCAAAAGCUCGUUGUUCCUCCUCCAAAACUCGCUCGUAUCGGUACCAAGAAGACGGCUUUCUCCAAUUUCGACGCCACCGCCAAGGCAUUGAACAGAAAGUCCGAUCACUUGUUGCUUUACAUCUUCGCCGAGUUGGGAACUACUGGAAACCAGGACGCGUCCGGUGGUUUGAUUCUCAAGGGUAAAUUCGUCAACAAGGCGAUGGAGAAGGUGCUCAAGGCGUACUGUAAGGAGUACGUCCAGUGCAAGACGUGCAAAUCGUACCAGACCAGUCUCGAAAAGCGCGACCGACUCUUCUUCGUCAAAUGUGACAUUUGUCAAUCCGAGCGUACAGUCGUCGCCAUCACAAAGGGGUUUCAAGCCGUCGUCGGCAAGCGUGCCCGAAUCAAAGCUGCGGCCGCUGCUGCCGCCCCAAAGUAA